CUGUACACUGAGGAGUGUAUGCCUCUCGGUCUAUAUGCUCCGAGAGGUUCACUUUUAAGCCCUAAAAUGGGGAUUAAAGUGAUCUCUGGGGAUGAGGAGGCCUAGAUGCAGGCCUUCACUACCCUCGCGUAGUCGAUAGGCUUUAAACCCACCUCCCCCCACCCCCCAUGGAUUAAGCUAUGGGUGUGGAACCAACAGAAAGGAUGGCAGGUACGAGGAUCCAGUUUAGAGGGUCCUUAACCACCUCUGACCCAAGAAAAUGUCCUGUACUGAUAAUUGGUCAACUUGGUCAUCUUGCUGCUCUUUCCUUCAGUGAUGUUGCAGCCAAACUACAGCCUCGUGUAGAUGAAGAGGCAUGGACACUGUCGGUGAAUAGCCUGCAACCUUCCCCAACUGACUACUGUUCACUUUACCUCAACCUGGCAACUGUUGCAGCCCUUCCUGUGAAGUGUUCCCGGCACAACACUCCUUCACGAACGCACUCCAUUACAAAGAUAAUAAAAACUCAUUCGACAGGUGCUGAAGAAUGUAUUGUGCUUGUGUGUGAGAAAGCAGAUCUCUUUGCCAGUGCCUGUGGUGUUGCAAGAGCUUAUCCCACUUACUCACGGAAGACUGCCACAGCUACAUCCACCGACCACACCAUAACUGUGGAGGUGUUGCUAAUUGGAAAGGGGGAUACACCAGUGACUGAUGAGGAUAUCAAAGUAUUGAAUGAUGCUGUUUACGGUGUACGCCUUGCUGCUAGAAUUGUAGAUUCACCAGCCAAUGAGAUGCACACUGAUGCUUUCAUUGAGGAAGUGCAGAAGGUGGCUCAAAUUUUGGGACUCAAACCACAAAUUAUUAGAGGUGAGGAGCUGGCUGUUAAAGGCUUUGGCGGUAUAUACGGAGUAGGAAAAGCCGCUGUCCAUCCUCCAGCACUUGUUGCUUCUCACUCUCCACCUGGUGGAACAGAAAACAUGGCCUGGGUUGGCAAGGGCAUUGUAUAUGACACUGGAGGACUGAGUAUCAAAACAAAGACGAGUAUGCCAGGAAUGAAGCGUGAUUGUGGGGGUGCAGCUGCAAUAUUAGGCGCCUUUUAUGUGGCUGUGCAAGCAGGAUUUACACAAAACCUUCAUGCUGUAUUUUGUUUGGCUGAAAAUGCUGUUGGACCAACUGCAACAAAGCCUGAUGACAUUCAUACAUUGUAUUCAGGAAGAACUGUAGAAAUCAACAACACUGAUGCUGAGGGUCGCCUUGUUUUGAGUGAUGGGGUGGCAUAUGCAGCCAAAGAUUUGCACUGCACCACUAUUCUGGAUAUGGCAACACUUACAGGUGCACAAGGAACUGCAACAGGGAAGUAUCAUGGAGCGGUGUUAACAAACGUACUGGAGUGGGAAGAGGCAGCAGUAACAGCUGGACAGGCUUCAGGGGAUCUGGUACACCCUCUUCCCUAUUCACCAGAACUUCAUUUUGCAGAGUUUGCCUCUGCUGUAGCAGAUAUGAAGAAUUCUGUGGCUGAUCGUUCAAAUGCAACUUCUUCCUGUGCCGGUCUUUUCAUUGCAGCUCACCUAGGGUUUGACUUUCCAGGAAAUUGGAUUCACAUUGAUAUGGCAUAUCCUGUUCAUAGUGGGGAAAGAGCUACAGGCUAUGGUGUUGCUCUCUUACCAACUCUCUUUGGCCAUUACUCCCAAAGCAGAAUUUUCCGUAAUCUAGCACCCAUGUCAACUGAAAAUGGAGAGUGUGAAAAUGACUGCAAAGCUUCUAAGAAGAUGAGGUUAUCCUAGUGACUGAAACUACUACUAAUAUAUAUAUAUAUAUGCAUUAACAAACAAAAAAUGUUAACAAAAACUGGUCACCAUCACAAGGGAAUCCAUACAGAUGAUGAAAUGGAAAAAUGGACUACUACUGCACUAUUUUGGUCUCUUCCAAGGCCCACAUUACUAAUUUCUGCUGAUGGGGGAUUAGAUUGAGAUCAAAAUAUAUGGUACCAGUACUAUUUUUUUUCCUGCUUGUGUCUGUUGGUUCAUUUGUGCUAUGUCAGUAAUGAAUUUAAAUUGAAUUAGCAUUUUGAAGUAGACAAUAUUGCCAAUUAAACUGUCCUUAACCCACAGUAUUUUUUUCUCUAAAUUAAAUAUUAUAAUUACGAGUAUACUGUAUCAUUUUCAAGUGUAGUAUAGCCAUACUGUUGGGGCAUGGCUAUAUGGGGUCGCAUCUCAGGUAACAUCACUAGAAGUAUUCAAAGUUUUAGCAAGUUUUGGUUUUAGAUUGGUGUUGUACCCACAAUUGUAAAAUUACUCUUUUAGUCAUUAUGCAGUAACAACUUGUGCACAGAGUUGUUCAUUCUAGUGGUAAUCAGGAUUCAUGUUACUCAGCGGCAUAUGACAGCUCCCUCCUUAGUAGCCUUGAUAAUUGUCUUGGAAAUAGUAAUGUAAUUUGAAGGUCAAAAAUGGAUUUGAUAUAUAGUUGCAUGAAAAGCACAGUGGCUAGCAAGAGGGUCGAGAAUCCUCAGGUCUCCAAGUUGUAAUCCCAGGAGUGCUCUUUGAAAAUUUAAAUUAAGUGGAAGAUUACUAAAUGGAGAAUAAAAGGUUUUUAUAAGGCACAAAGGAAAUUUGGAAUUUUUUUGUUCAGUAAUAAUAUCAGGGUAGGUAACUUUUUUUUUUUUUUUAAUAUGUUAAACAUGGUGACUGCACUUCCUCACCACUUGUUUUUCCCCCUAUUUUUCUUUUCACGUUUUUUUUUUUAACAUUGUAAACUUUUAUGUUAACUUUUCUCCCUUACCACAUUCACAUCCAUUUCUUUUCCCACCUGAACCCACCCUCCUGUAACCGCAAACUUCUGCUGCACACUAGCACUACAUUUGUAUAUUCUAUAUAUCUUUGACCUCUUUAUUAACUGUCCCACCUUUCUAUAAACAUUUCCUUGUAUGUCCCACCAGCUAUCUUCUUUGAUGAAUUCACUUUCACUCCUCUUCCUCACUGAUAGUAUUCUCCUUGUAUGCCAUCCACCUUAUAUUCUUACUGUAGCUACCACUAAAUGAUGAUCUUGACAUAUCAGUUGCUUCUCUAAAAACAUGCCCAUACAAAAGUCUUCCAGCCAGCCUAUUAUCCACUAAUGCAUUGUCUAGCAAACCUACUGUCAUGUGCACUACGUCUUAUCUUGUUAACUGUGUUUUUUUUUUUUUUUUUUUUUUUUUUUUUUUUUUAUUUUUUUUUUUUUUUUUUUUUUUUUUCUAAAUAUUACCUAUUACCAACAAUCUCUUUCUGUAGAUAAUUUGGUUAGAGGACCCUUGUUAUACUUUAUCCCUGGCACACCAGACUUUUCAUCUGUGCCCUCUACAACACACUCUCCCACUUGAGCAUAUACGGCACUCAUCAUUGCUUUUACUUGAUUGAAAACUCCCUAAACAUUCACUAAUUAUUUUAUCCCUUAAACUACAAGUAUUGGGUAGAUUUACUGAUUCAAAAGGAACCUAUUUGCUUAUUUAAUUGAAGUAGUUUUAUUGAUUGAAAUAUUUUUUUCUAUAGUAAAUUGGAUUUUUAGCUAAUUGAAUUGAGUUAUUAUAUUCAUAGGAAAGUGCUAAACCCAUAGUGGUACAUAGUACCUGGGGAAUGAAAAGUUAUCAGAUUUGCUCCAGUGAUUGGAAUUGUAUUUCUGAUUCCUUCACUAACAUCAGGGCACACCUAUUUAAGGGUGAUUGGAUUGGAAUAAGUAGCUUCAUAAUGAAAUAUUCAUUUUAUGAUGACAUGGAGCAAAAACUAAAUUUUAAAUUUUUAAUGUUCAGUUAGAGUUUAUAUUUGAAUAUUGGUUUAUCCUGCAUGCUUCUUUAUAGAGCUGGGUGUAGGUCUGUAGAUAUUUUUAUUAGGUUUAGGUGGAAAUUCAGAACUCACUGGAGGUCAUAUGGUACUUAAGGAAUGGGAGGUAAAUAAUGCUGAUCCAAGAGUAGCUGAAAUUUCUGUAAUCAAGAGCCCUUAAGCAUCAAGACACCUUCCCUUGAAGGGUUUGGUAAGUAGACAAACAUUAAAAUUGUACAAGUUUGGUUAUUUUCCCCAAUUAUCUAGGAUGUAUUCACCAUUGAGUUUAUGGAUAUGGUACACCCUCAUAUUGAAAUACUUUGACCUUCCACUAACUCCAUUAUUUAUUUAAAGGCACAGAAAUGCUAUAGCUUAAUAUAAAGGGCAUCUUGCAUAAUUACUGAGCAAAAUAUUCCCUAUUGUGAUGAGUAAUGACAAUUUAUUAUUAAUUAGACUGAGCUUGUCCGCUUUUCAUGCACUAGAAUAUCAUUGUGCCGUACUUUAAUCAUUUAUGCUCCAAAUGUUUUUUCCCUUAAGGAAAUGCAAAAAAAUAUUAGAAUUCCUAAAAUAAGAGUUGUAACCUAGUGUAAGAGAUGUAUAUAUAUUGUGUAUAUAUAUUAUAUGUAUACUGUAUAUCAAAUGUGAGUAGUUUCUAUCAAUUUUUUGAACUAAGAAUACUUGUACCUCAUCCAAUAGGUGCCUUUGGUAUUAUUAUAUGGAAGACUUCAUUAUCUGAUUAAUGCAGAGUUUAAUGUUGCAAACAGAAUAUCAGAAAUAUGUAUGGUAAUUUCAUUCUUUUAAUUUUCUUUGUAAAUUCCUUUCUUA